CCGGCUUCUCUCCUCCGGGGUCCAUGCCAUUUUGCACUCCACUUUUUGGAAGGCAUCGGCGGUUCAGCCGAAAUUGCAGGAACCAUUGAGAAACUUAUCCCUCUAUAACUCAUCAUCGUCUUCCCCUUCAAAGACCUAUAUGGGAAUGAAUUUCAGAGAAUGAAUUCCUAAACAGUACACAUCCAAGGAGGUUCUUGUUGAAGCAUUGUAGAUCUGUGAGAGGGAGGAAUUGAUCAUUGUGAAGGGUAUAACAGGGAAGCAAUAUAAACCAUGGAUCAAAAUUCUUGCACUAGUAACAAGAGGCACGAAAGGAAUUCCAAUAGUAUCAGGAUAUGUGAUCUGCCUGACCCAAUUCUCCAGCUUAUAUUAUCAUCCCUUCCCAUAAAAGAUGCAAUUGGAACGAGUGUACUUUCCAAAAGGUGGGAACAUCUAUGGAUGGGUAUUUCCAAAAUUUCGUUGAAAGAAGAAGGAACUUGGGAGAAAAGGAGACAGUUCAUAGUUUUCGUGACGAAGUUGCUUGAAGUUUUCGAUUGCACAAAUCUUGAAAAUUUGCUGACAUUUCGAGUUGGGGGGCAUGCUUCUGAGGUUAACGAGUGGCUAAGUGGCUUCAUCAACCCUAAGAUUCAGGAAUUAAUUCUCUGCCUCGAUGGAACGAAUGAAUCUGAGAAACCAUUGACCUUCCCUGACCACCUGUUUACCUGUUCGACAUUGACAACAUUUGGAUUAAGGCUGCGAAAUGUUUUCAAACUUCCUUCUUCCAUUUAUUUCAAAAGCCUCAAGACUUUAUGCUUAGUAGAUGUUACAUUACCUGAUAGAUCUUCAACAGAACAACUUAUCGCAGGUUGCCCGGCCCUGGAGCAGUUGACCUUGAUGGAUAUCAACUGGGUGAAUGUUGAAACUCUUUGUAUUUUCUCUGAUGUCCUUCAAAAAUUGGAGAUAAUUGAGCCGGUAGAAUAUGACGUUCUGGCUCGUGAAGAUGAAGAUGAAGACGAAGACGAUGAUAUGGGUGGUCAGGAUGAGCAAAAUUGUUGCAAUAUAGUGAUCAGUGGGACUAAUUUGAAGGUGUUUUCUUACACUGGCGCAGUCACAAGUGAAAUUUCCUUUCACAGUCCAGCAUCAGUGAUCGAUGCGUCUAUUCAUGUUCAACACCGUUAUAGUAAAUGCAUGGACAACUUUGACUGGGAACCAGCAGCCGGUAGUUAUGUGGUUGAUCUUCUAAAAGACCUACAGGAUGUGGAAAAGCUCUCGGUUUCUUUUGUUUCCCUAAUGGCUCUCAGUCGUGCGUUGUCAUGGGAGCGUCUACCGUUGUUUUCCAAUUUGGUCGAGCUUCACGUGGUUUCAACCAUUAUAAGUCUCACCUGUGAGGGGUUGAUUGCUAUAAUUCAAAAGUCACCAUGCCUCCAAGUUGUUCACUUUGACAAAGGGGUGUACAUGCUUAAAUAUCGCAGCUAUUGCGGCUAUAUCAUGGAUCCAGUGCCUGUUCUGUCUAGAACACAGCUGAGGAGGAUUGUGAUCAAGCAUUACUCUUGGGAUAAGUUUGAUGCAGUAAAGACUUUGCUGCAAGCAUUACCGGUUCUGGAGACACUGCAUAUUAGUUGUUCAGGUGAUGGUAACUCUCCAACUGGAUCAGAGAGGUUAGACAACUUGUGCCAGAAGAUCAAAAGUCUUCCCAGACGGUCGAAAGAUUGUGAGAUAGUCUUGAAAUAUAUGAAGUGAAAAAUUGAAAGAAUGGAACGACGUUUGGGCUUUGCUGCACUGCUUAUACUUGUGUAGCUCAUGAAGUCAAUUUUGAAACAAAGUUACUUGAGUUGA